CAUCAAAAGGAGGACAAAUGGAAGGGAAGAAGCACCAAUAGCUCAUCGCGUAAAACGACUGCCUUGUGCAGAGAAAGAGACAUUCUUCUUCAUGUUUUAAAUAUUUUCAGUUCCUUUCUUUCAUCCUGGCUGAAUUUCCUGCUCUUCCAAGGGAUUUUGAGUAUCUCUUGAACAGCUGAAGGUUUGUCCUGCAACCUAUCCUCUGAAUCCAUGGAGAAAGAUGCUAAGGUAGAAGAGACUAUUGAUUUGAAAAAAGGUGUUGAAUUGACAAAAGCAGUCUCUGAAAAGCAUCGGGAUCUUUUGAGACCAUCAGCUCGAUAUUAUUCAAUAUUUAAAGAUCGGGAAAAGGGCAAGUAUGCCCUACUGAGAGAUCCAGAGGAUUAUCAACAAGGACUUUAUGACAAGCCUCUUCCAUUUUAUGGAUGUGGAAUUGGAUGGUUUUCGUUUCUCUUGGGAUUUCUUUGCCCAGUUAUGUGGUUUUAUGGGACAAUUCUCUAUUUUCAAAAACAUUAUCGGAAGGAUCCAAGAGAACGCGCAGGGCUUGGAGCUUCUGCAAUCGCUGCACUGUUAUGCUUGGUAGGGUUGCUGGUUACGGCAGCCAUUCUUGCCUUAAAAUUUGGAUUACGGCCUUCAUAAGUGAAAGUACAGCACAAAUUCAUAUUGGUUACCAUUGAUUUGCAGCAAAGACUGUGCUUUGUAUAUAGCAAUUUGCAAAUUAUAGAUCAAAAUGGCUUUCAUAUUAUGCUUGGGAGUGAGACACAAGAUUGCCAUCAUAAAAGUCCUCUAAAAUCUGUAAUCUUUUUGUUUUAUAUGUACUUUUGAAAUCCAUCUAUUAUGUGUAUGU